CUCUCACUUUGAGAGGGAACAUCAACACCUCCCUUCAUCUCACACAUUGCCACCCACCCUACUCGCUCGUCUUCUUGACUACCGACUGCACCCCAUUGCCCUGCGAGGCAACCACACUGCACCAACAAACAACAGCCUAGGUUAGGCCCACAUUCCCCUGUGCCAAACAUCCACCCCCGCCCAUGACAGUCAACUGAGGGAACGACCAACUGCGUCAACACCCGACGCCUUCCCCUUCACCCUCAUCACCACCCACACCCCUCCCCACGAGGCCCACUGCCCAGCAUGGCGUACCUCAUGGACGACAAUGCCAUGCGCAUCUGCAUCCGCCCACGCCCUUGGAACGAGAAGGAACUGCCCCAUCUCGCUCAACACACCCCAACACCCAUCUUCCUUGGUGAUGGCAACUUUAGUGCUGCGCGCAAGCCGCUCCCAGGCGGAGCGAUCCGCGAGAUUGUCGAGGUCAUCGACAACCGCCAGAUCGACUUUGACAAGCCUGAGGCCGGGUCUGAGACGAAACGCGGAGCCGUAGGCGGGAGGCGGUACAAGAAUCGUCGCUAUGUCUUUGACCAUGUGUUCAAGAUGGAGGCUACCCAGGAGCAGGUGUACCAGAACACUGCGAAGCCAUUGCUUGAUGGUGUGCUCAAGGGCUACAACGCGACCGUGUUUGCCUAUGGAGCAACCGGCUGCGGCAAGACGCACACCAUCAGUGGAUGUGCCGACGACCCUGGCGUUAUUGUCCGCACCAUGAGCGACUUGUUCGAGCUUAUCGAGGAGUCCAAGGAUCGCUACGAGACGCAGCUCGAGGUCCUGAUGGUCGAGAUUUACAACGAGACUAUUCGCGACCUGCUUCACGACGAGUUCCCGGCGCCGAUGCCACCGGGAGGCCUGAAGCUUCUAGAGAAUGAAAAGGAGCGGGUGACGAUCGCCGAAGUCACUAUCAGGACACCACAGUCGGUCGGCGAGGUCAUGGAGCUCGUGUUAUUAGGCAACGAGCGUCGCUCGACCUCUUACACCGAGUCCAACAGCGUCUCGUCUCGCUCUCACGCCGUCCUCCAGAUCAAUGUCUCGCGCAAGUCGAAGAGCCCCGAUGUGGACAUGGACAACGACGCCGUCAGCCAGGACUCUUCAUCCGCAACUCUGUCCAUCAUCGACCUGGCUGGAAGCGAGCGCGCCGCGGCUACCCGCAACAUGGGCGACCGCAUGAAGGAGGGAGCCAACAUCAACAAGUCUCUUCUCGCACUCAGCAGUUGUAUCAGUGCCCUGUGCGGCGCGCAGAGGAACGGCUCCAAGCCCCACGUCCCAUACCGCAACUCGAAACUCACGCGUCUCCUGAAAUUCUCCCUUGGCGGCAACUGCCGCACCGUCAUGAUCGUCUGUGUGUCGCCCAGUUCCAAGGACAUGGAGGACACAAGCAACACUCUGGUGUGGGCGGAUCGUGCAAAGAGCGUCAAGAUGACCGUCUCGCGCAACACUGGCGGCACGCAUGUCAGUGCCCGCCAAUACGUCCAGCUCAUCGCCGAGCUCCGCGAACAGAACAAGCUUCUCGAGCAGCGCCUCAAGGACAACGACGGAGAGGAGAGUGCCACCAAGAAGCGCAAGAGAGAAGAUGCACAGAGAAAGGCAACCGAGGCGAUGGACAUCGUUCGGGCCAAGGUCGCCGAAGGCAAGGCCUCCAUCGAGGAAGGUGCCGAGUUGCGAGCCAAAUGGGACGCUUCCAAGAUCGCCACAAGCUACCUCGAGACCAGGCGUGGCGAAAUCGAGUCGGACGAGGACUGUGUCGACCGCAACUGGGAGGAGAGGUACCUCACCGAUCUCGUCUCGAAGCAGACUGAGGCGUUUGACAACAACCGCCUGGUCCAGGCCACUGUUCAGAAGGAGGAAGACCUCAAGAGGUCUUUGGAGACCCUCUUCACUCAGACCGUCGCCAACACCUUUGCCGACCCAGACGACCCGAUCCUUCACAACGUGUCCCUCCAGGUGGACGUGCACCGCUCUCGCGUCUCUGCGUCUGUGCAGGAUGCCCGCAUCAGGGGCUACCGUGCCGCUCUUGGAGUCGCCAACGAUGCCCUCGCCCGCGGUGCCGUUGCUUUCGCGCGUAUCCAGGCCCUUGCCCAGCAGCAGCAAAGCGCUCUUAUGCAGCUGGUCGAGUCGGGCACUACAGACCCCGAGACAAUCCGCCUGCACUUCAAGCACGCUCGCGAGGCCACGGCACGGUCCGAGAUGGAGGUCGCCAACAUCUUCGGCGCCCUCUCGCGUUACGACGGCCAGCUGCCAGCUGCCCUCCCUCCUACCCCCUCCCGCCAUACCGCAGACGUGUCGAUGAUGUCGUUCAGAAACAACCCCAAGUCUCCCGCCCGCAAGCGCAUCAUGAAGGUCAUUGAGGGCAAGGGAGGCUUUGAGCGCGGCCUGGUGUCCCCGCGCAAAUCCGUGCUCACAAAGGGUUUACGCGAGCCGACCAGGACCUUCAGGGCGAGGUUUGGCGAUGAGACUGGCGAGGGCGAGCUCAAGCAAGUCUUCAACUACCGCCCUCGUGGGUCUCAAUCCCCAAGCUUUGAGAUUGAAACCGAUGACGACUCUGCGGAGUGGGAGGAGAUGAGAGACGACCUGAAGGGUCUCCCAGCACCAGCACCGUCGACGCUCAACACCUCGCCCAUCGCGCCAUUCAGCGUCCUUCCUCCUGUGGAGGCGACUCCUGCACCGAUCCCCGCACCCUCUGUCCUCUCAGCAGCCUCCAGCAGCACAAGUGACGCCGACAUUCCGGAAUGGAAGAAGAACCGCAUCCUCAUGGGCAAGGGUGGAGGAACCUCUGCCCUUGGUGGCGAGAACCUCAGCAUGGCGGCGCCCCAGUUACCAGAGGGCGGCGCCGACUCGAAGCACGGAGGCGUUGGUCUGGGCCGCCCUGCCCGUGUCCGCUCGUCUGUCGGCCCGUUGAGCGAGCUGCGCCAGUUACCUACCGCUCCGCGCGCCUCUCUGAGUGCUUCAAACCUCAUGAAACCAACGGCAGCGUCAGCCGCGCGUUCGACUGCUGCCGAGCUCACAUCGUCGCCUGGAGCUGGCAACCGCAGACUGUCACUCCGACAUGACCGCCAGAAGAUUCACGGCAAGGGGCCGUACGCCAGACCAUCUCUCAUCCCGUCACCUGUUGGCUCGCCCGCCGAGAAUGCGGUUCCUGGCAGCAGUACGACUGCCGGUGUGCGGCGAGCCAUGGCUGCACCGCGUGGGCGGUCCUCUACAAUGGGGCCGCUGCAGACGCUUGCGGCCGAGUCGAGCAACGCCGCUGGUGCUGGUGCCGCGGCCCCCGCCACUGGCGCCACGCUCAAGCCCAGGCCGUCGAUGCAGAAGCUGGGUGGCGAGAACACGGCCCCGCCUUGGAGGUAG